CAUUUCUCGCUUUCCUACCAUGCUCAUGGUGUAGUCGAGUGUAGUACUCAGUAGUACUAGGUGUUCACGUUUUAACGUUUUAACUCAUUUUAACUUUAUGAUUACACUUGUGAUACACGCUGUGAGAUAUCAAUAUCAAACCUUUUUGCAUAUUUUCAUAAGCACAAUCUGCACAAUAAUUACAAGCAAUACAAAGAACGGCUGGAUUGAUGUCGACAUUAUAACUUACGUUAAUGAUUUUAGAAAAUAUGUAAUAUAAAUAUAAUAAUUCAAACAUAAUUCACAAAAUAUGGAUUUAGCUACAAAUGAUCAACAUACAGAGACGGAAAAUGACUUUUCAUCAAAGCAUGAAUGGACUUGGGAUAAAAAACUGUCAACCUCGUCGAUAAAAUUAUCAGAUAAUAACUUAGAAGUUACCUUUCAUCCUGUGUAUAGCACUGGCACAGCUGUUGCAAAAAGUAAUAAACCACUCGAGAAAGGAAGACACCAUUUUUGGGAGAUUUUAAUGAUAACGCACAUAUAUGGCACUGAUGUAAUGGUUGGUGUAGGAACUCCAAAUGCAGAACUUCACGAUUCAGAUGCGAAUUUUUGUGCUCUGCUUGGACGAGAUCGAGAAUCUUGGGGUUUUUCAUAUAAAGGAUAUUUACAGCACGAUGGUAAAAUAUGUGAAUAUGGGACAACAUUUGGUCAGGAUAACUUGGUAGGGAUACAUCUCGAUACUUGGAUGGGCACAUUACAAUUUUUUGUCGAUCGCAAACCAUUGGGUGUGGCUUUUACAAAUUUAAACAACGUUAUGCUUUAUCCAUUAAUAAGCUCAACAAUGGCUCAGUGUGUAAUGAAAUUAACCUAUAGUUGUUCAAUACCAGUAACUCUACAAACUACUUGUCUCGCAGUCUUGUCACCUUCGCAAAAGGCACAUUUAUCAAAAAAAUUUCCUGGUUUGCGUUAUCUUACCCAAAAUAUCUUUGCUGAUAUCCUACAAAAAUCUAUUGGUAUUGUGCAUUGACAGAUUGUGAUAAUGAAGACCUCGAAUUUCCUGCAAAGUAUAUUAUUUUAGAUGAUUUUGACUUUGCUCUUGUUGGACUUGGAAUAAAGAAGAAAAAACAUUUUUAGUGAUACAUAGGCCUGUAAUAAAUAACAUAACAUACAUUCAAUUUUAUAAUACAUUGUUGACUGUGUACAAACAUAGAUAAACGUACAAAAUAAAAAGAAUAAUCCUAUAUAUGAAUGUAAAA